AUGAAGACACCUGGAGUAAACGGAAGCAGCGGAAUUGCAUUCUUGUUUCUUAUAACCAGCUCUAUAAUUCUACAAUCUGCUACAAUAAGCGCACAACAACAGGCAAGGUAUUACCCCGGGCUCUAUUCUCCGCUCUACCUAGAACGACAAAGUCCUAAAUACCUCAUUCAGACGAUUUCCAGAUUAAGACAAGCACUAUUGAAUGACGAUGAAAUGGAAAACAUGGCUUCGAAAAGGUCUUUUAAUCCUACGAGGAUGGAUUUGGAACAUGAAAGAAAGAGAAUUGCUGCAGAUUUUGGCACAGGUCGGGCCAGACCUGGAGUUAUUGAGAAUAGAUUGCGACUUUUUAAUACCAUUGGAAGAUAA